AUGUUGAACAUAGAAAUCUUAGAUUUAAGCAACAAUCAAAUUCGGUCUAUAGAUAACGCCAGUUUGGUACACUUUCCAAUUCUUAGGAAUUUAACUCUGCGGAGGAAUUUAUUGAAAAAAAUCACCAACACGACAUUCUUCGGUCUCAGGAAUCUGCUUCAUUUGGACAUUUCAGCAAAUCAGAUACAGGAGAUUGACACUGGUGCGUUUCAAUAUUUCAACAAUCUGAUAUCUCUAGAUAUUAGCUGUAAUGUUGUCCUGGGAUAUACUACACGAACACUUCACCCGCUUUUGUUUAGCCCCUUGAACAGUUUAACCGAACUUUUUAUACACGGUGUUGCAGGCAGACGAGACUCGGUGUAUCCCAAUAAGACGCUCAUUCAGAUGGCACACUUACAGAGCUUAAGCGUCGAUGGACUGAACACUGAGUUUGGCCCGGAACUGCUUACACUAAGAAACCUACAACAUCUCGAGAUUGGAAGCAACCAAUUUUGCAAAUUACGAAAUAUUCCUGUAACUUUCUUUGAGAAUGUUCCUUUUUUGAAAAGUUUUUAUCUCAUGGAAUGUCACUCCUUGACUUAUAUAAACCCGGCAGCGUUCUCUAAAGUGAAUCUACAAACUCUGACAUUCCAGUCUUUGCCUAAUUAUGAUUUAUAUGAUGCUCUUAAUGUCUUGAUCGGCCUGCAGAACUCGUCAUUGACAGUAUUAAGAUUGGUUCAUUUGUACAACAAUACAUUUGAAUGCAAGACUCUGAGAGCAGACCAUGCACGAUAUUUAUCAAAUCUAACUCUGGAAGUCCUUGAUCUCUCUGACAAUUGGCUCAUCUACAUCUCGAGCGAUUUCAUCGAUCUCUUACCGAGGUCAAUCAAUAAACUAAUUCUUAAGGAUAACAGAUUGGCCUCUUACCAUUACUCAUUGUCCAAUUUCACAGUGUUGUACAAUCUGUCAAUGCUAGAUGUUUCCUAUCAAAAUAUGAAAACCAGAAAACAAAUCACCAGCUACGAGUGUCCAAAGGUGAAAGAGAAGCUGGACACGGGGGGCGGGGGGAGCUGUCGAAAAAUUGAUCGAUUUUCCUUAGAAAAUAAUAAACAAACAAGUCAAAAUGGUAAUGAACUUUUGGAAGGUAUUUAUACACCACAAAUAUCUAACUCGGAAGAUAACAUUUAUGUAUCAGAUAACAUUGAUACAUCACAUGACAGAGAUUGUGAAGCUAACCCGCCGAUGGGACUUGAUAAAACCACAAAACCCCUAGAGUCUCGACCAAGACUGAAAAUAAUCAAAGCAAGUUAUUUCAAUGGCUUUGGUGCAAGCAUAAUCUUACAAUAUCAGCAACUGAAACUCUGUCUUUCUUAUUUGGAUAUUUACAACUCAUUUUUCUCAACUGUCUAUAUUGGAAAGUUCCCAUUACCAAAAAGUAUUAAAAAAGCCCUAAUGGCCUCGAACUACAUAAGACAGAUAAAUGUAGGAUUUUUCCCUAGAAAUAACUCACUAGAAAAGCUUGACCUCCAUGACAAUAUUCUGGGACCUUCGUUUGCACUGGACGUCAAUGGAACGAUAUUUGAAAGACUGGAAAAAUUACUUUAUUUGAAUAUAAAAAUGAAUUUGAUAUCCGAGUUACCAAAAUAUUUCUUUAAUGGUCUUGUCAAACUUCAGUGGUUGAGAUUGUCUAACAACAGUUUACAGUUGGUAAACACAAGGUUUUCAAAUCAGAAUGAUCUAAAAUAUAUCGACCUCAGCGACAAUGCAAUCAUUUGGAUUGCAAAAGAUGUGCGUGAUGACUUGGACAGAAUCGCCUUCCUGCAUCCAUUGUAUAUCGAUCUGACCAAUAAUCCUCUGCCUUGCACGUGCAGCAUGCUGGAUGUUCUUCACUGGAUGGAGGGAACCAAAGCUGUCUUCAUCAAUAAAGACAUUUUGAAAUGUCACUUUGAUGACGGAUCAGUGGAGCACAUUGGAAAUAUGACCUUGAGACUUCAAACUCUGCAGAGAUGGUGUGCAACAAAAUCCAUUAUUAUUGUAAUAUGUGUGGCAUCCAUGGCUGUCAUUGGUGCCCUGGUUGGAUUCGCGUUGUUGUAUCGUUUCCGUUGGAGACUGAGGUAUAUUCGACAUAAUCUUAUGACAAGAUUUGCUGGGUUUAAACCUAAAGCGACAUUGGAUAAUGGGUUUAAAUUUGAUGCCUACCUACUCUACACAGAAGAGACCCGGAAAUUCGUCCUCCGUGACUGUGUGAGAGAACUGGAAGAGAAAAGGGGGCAUAACUUGUGCUUUGAAGAUCGUAACUUUAUGCCAGGGUCGCCUAUCGUGUCCGGUAUCGUGAGCGCAGUCAACAACAGCCACAAGACAGUUCCCGUGGUCACACCGGAGUUUUACGAAGGGGACUUCUCCGAGUAUGGGGUCAAGAUGGCCGUCAUGGAGGAGAUCUUCAAGAAACGUUUAGCCCUUUGA